AUGCCGUCUGGUUGGAAAAUAGUAUGUUGUAUCCUGCUGGGCAUUAUAUUUUCAUCGGCCCUUCUUGACCGUGCUAACUGUGAUGAGGUAACCCAAGAAAAGUAUGGGCCGGGUGGAGGUGGCGGUGGCGGUGGUGGACCAGGAGGAGGCUACGGUGAUGGUGGGCCAGGCGGAGGCUAUGGUGGUGGUGGAGGACGUGGUGAUCCAGGAGGAGGCUAUGGUGGUGGACAGGGUGGUGGUGGCCCAGGAGGAGGCUAUGCUGGUGGAGGAGGUGGUGGUGGCGUAGGUGGAGGUUACGGUGGUGGUGGUCUAGGAGGAGGCUAUGGUGGUGGUGGAGGGCAUGGUGGUCAAGGUGGAGGCUAUGGACCCGGUGGCGGCAGAAUGGGUGGUCCAGGAGGAGGCUAUGGUGGCGGUGGAGGACAUGGUGGUCAAGGUGGAGGCGGAAUGGGCGGUCCAGGAGGAGGUUAUGGUGGUGGUGGUGGACGUGGUGGCCCUGGCGGUGGCGGGUAUGGUGGUGGUGGUCCAGGCCGAAUUGGUCAUAAGAGCCACCGGCGGUCUGUAACCCACCGGGGCCAGCCUGGCGAUUUACCCGAUGUUCCUAACACCGUCGGCUCCCAUGGUGGUCACCGUAACCUGCCAGUUACCAUGAUGAUCACAGCCGCCACCGCCUACCAGGAGCUGCCUGCUAGGAUCUAUCGCUGCCGCCUGCCGCCAACGCUCCACUGCCUAACCAUCGCCCAACCACGCGACCCCGCCGCCACCUGGAACCCGUUGGCCACCUACACUGCCCAACCAUAG